CUUUUUCCCAACCAAUCAGAAAAGAGGGGUGCGGUUAGAGAGCGAGAUAGACAUAUCAUUUUACCAACAAGUUAGAAAGAGACAAGCAUACCAUGUACGUCGUUGUAACAGCCAGCAGGGCGGGCAGAUAUCAUUUCUUACUUGUCAGUAUGAAUUCAAAAACGGCGUGAGCAACUCACAGUCAAUUUGGGUUACAAUUCGUGCGGAUUUUCGGAGGUUUAACAAUAAAUAAUUUAAUUGUUUUAUUGAACUUUAUGGACAUUGUUGAGGUGGUAAUUGGAUAGUGUUAGUUAUACUUUGUUUUGUUUUAAUUAGUGGUUGUUUAAAUAAAUUUUUGAACUGUUUUAAUAUGUCGGAGACAAGUCGCCGCGGAACUGCGUAUACCAUUGACAAUAUACUUGGACAUACGGACCGACAAUCAGACCGCGUCGAGCUCAAAAGCGAGGGCGCCCUUUCCGAUUCCGAGCUCGAACACGAUCACGAACACGAGCACAUCGAGAACACAGAACACAGUGAGCACAGCGACCAUGCUCACAAUGAGCACACAGAACAUGGCGAUCAUUUGGAAGCGCUGGACACUGGGCGACCGCGGAAGCAGGUACGCCGCAGCCGGACGACGUUCACCACGUACCAGCUGCACGAGCUGGAGCGAGCGUUCGACAAGACGCAGUAUCCUGAUGUCUUCACGAGAGAAGAACUGGCCAUGAGGCUGGACCUUAGCGAGGCAAGAGUGCAGGUGUGGUUCCAAAACCGACGGGCAAAAUGGCGCAAGCGAGAAAAGGCUUUAGGCAGGGACCACGCUCCCUUCAUGCACCAUGACCAUGUGGUCGGCGAGUGGGGAGGCGGUGGCCCCCCCGGGGGCGAGUGGUGGGCCCUAGGCCUUGGGGCAGGGCUGGGGGCUCUCGGGGUCCCCGCGCCCUUGUGGCAUGAGGCUGAGCCGGCUGCUGCUUUCAGAGCGUUGCUGCAUAGGUACGUCCUAGCCCUCCCCCCUCCAGCGUUGCGCCCCCCAGAACCAGAACCAGCGGCCUCUCCCCCCUCCCCUCCGUCACCAUCGUCGUCACUAGCGCGUCUCGCCAGCGCCGAGGCGCUACGGCUGCGCGCUCACGACGCGCUACUCCAAGACCGGGUCACGCUACACAGUAACAGCAAGGUGCACACGUAAUAUGGACUUUAGUCGGAUAAAUAUAGAUCAUAGAAUCGUGCUACUCUAAGAUCGAGUCGCGCUAGUCUAAGACCGAGUCGCGCUAGUCUAAGACCGAGUCACGCUACACAGUAACAGAAAGGUGCACACGUAAUAUGGACUUUAUGUAAGGAGCUUAGAGCG